AUGUUCGACCGAAUCAAGAACAAGAUUCGCAACAGGCACAAGAAAAAUGAACAACAAGAGGUCAAGCCCACACCAGCGAAGCCAGAGCAAGUGAGCGAUGCAAAAGCUCCACCUGCGCCAGCUCCUUCCGCACAGUCAUCUGCCGCCGCACCAGCCGCCAAGCUGCCGCCUGUGGAGAGAACUGAGCCACCGGCCGACGAAAAGCCAGCUGAGAAGCCAGAUGUCCCAAAGGAUUUGUGGGUGGAGGCACUCAAGUCUCUUCCUGAAUCCAAACAGGAAACGCUCAAGAAGAUGGGAUUCAACCAGUCCAGUGCUCAAUCUGAAUCUGUUGAGUCUAGCAUUGGCAAUCUGGUCGGCGUGGUCAACCAGAGGCAGGAGGAGUGCGAGAAGAAGUUUUGGAAAGUCAAAGUCGGCGAUGAAGAAAUUGUCCUAAGGAACUAUACAAACAAAAUUGUCGACUGGUUGGAGAAGGCUGGGGAUAUUGCUGUUCAAUUUUCCCCACCCCAAGCAGCUAUCCCUUGGGCUGUCAUGAAGUCUGUCAUGCAGAUUCCGGUCAUCGAAGGCGAGCAGAUGGCUGCUUUGCUUGCGACCACUGAAAAGAUCGUCCGCGUGAUCAGUCGCGGCCAGGUCUACGAGUCGGUUUAUCUCAGGAACAGACCCGCUACGGAUAACCUUUCAAAGAACCUUGAAUCUGCACUGACCGCAAUCUAUACUACGUCGCUGGAUCUACUUGCAGAAUCGGGAAGUCUAUUCUCCAAAAACACAGCCACGCGCACACUUCAAGCAAUCCUCAAUCCGGGCAAGGUUUCAGGUGGUAUCUCGGCUAUAAGUGAGCAAGAAGAUGAUCUUCUGCGCGAUGUCUCAGCGUGCGAAGUGAGACGCAGCGCGAACGCAGAUGAUAGCAUGAUUGAAAUGCUGAAUGCCUUCAAUGCCCCGAUGAAGCGGGUAGAUGAGAACAUUCAACAUCUCCUCCAAAGUAUGGACAAGGAAAAGCGUAUUGAGAUGUUGGAAUGGAUCUCUUCUAUUCCGUUUGGCAAAAAUCAUAAUAACGUCAAAGAGAAGAGGACGCCCGGCACGGGUGAAUGGCUAUUACAGCGUGAGCAUUUUGCCACCUGGGAGCAAAGCAACGAGUCGUCUAUCUUUUGGCUCCAGGGCUCUCCCGGUACCGGAAAAACCUUCCUCACAUCAACCGUCGUGGACCGAAUCCAGGACCAACUGAGCAACACACCUAAGAAUGAAGGCUUCGCAUUUUUCUACUGCGAUAAGAGCGAACCGCGACGUGCACAGCCACUAUCGAUCCUUCAAAGUAUUGUUCGUCAGCUUUCAACUACUGCGAAGAACCCUGAGUCCACACAGAAAAAGCUUUGUGAAUUAUACAAUAAAUGUCGCAAUGCCGGGUCAGCCUUCAGCAUGGAGCAGUGCAAGGAACAGAUCCAGGCCUCGCUGGACAUUUACGAGAAAACCACGAUCGUGAUUGAUGCCAUGGACGAGUGUAAUCCUGAUACCCGCGACGAGCUCAUUGAUGCCUUGAAUUCCUUCAUCUCUCAGUCCAACAAACGGCAUGUGAAGGUUUUCAUUUCAAGCCGACCUGACCCUGAUAUUGAGGUCCAAUUGCAAAACACCCCAAAUAUCGGCAUCAACGCAAGUGACAACAAAGGCGACGUUCAAAAAUAUCUCAAUGUCGAGUUAGACAAGCUUGCCAAGAAGGCUCCUUUCAUCGGACGUUUGAAAGCGAAGAUUCUCGAUACACUACUUGAGCGCUGUCAAGGAAUGUUUCAAUGGGCGGCUCUGCAGGCACACCAAAUUCAGAAGUGCAAGACUGAGUCUAGUGUAUGGAAACGACUUGAGAAUCUUCCAGAUGAUAUUCAAAAGGCAUAUGACGAGGCAUGGAGUCAAAUCGAAGACCUGGAGGAACCCGAUCAGAUUCUCACAAACCGCGCUAUGCUCUGGGUCAUGGCUGCCGAGCGACCACUCUCCACGGCCCAGCUUAUCUGCGCUGUUCGCGUGAACACGAAUGGAGAGGUACCUACAUUGGCCGAUGAAAUUGAUGAGCAAGGCUUGCUGUCACUCUGUAACAAUCUCCUCACGAUUGACUCUCAGCAAAAAGUGUGGCGAUUUGCACACCUAUCGGUCCGCGAAUACCUCGAAACCAAGGUGCAAUUGACCCUUCCACGGGCUAAUUUCCACGCUGCUAGUGCCUGUCUCUCAUGGUUCAUCACCAUGUACGACAAAGACGACAACGACGAAAUUGAUUUGUCGGAUUGGAAAGGGCAGCCAGAGCCAGCUGAUAUCUUCCAUCUCAUGCACCCAUUCCAUCUAUACAUGAGACAUCACUGGGCAAAGCAUGUUCAGGGGGCGCAGGAUGACGAAGAAGCUACGUUGUCCUCCCUUUUGAAAACCUUCCUCGGAUCUCCCGAGGAAAGCAGUAAGCAAUACCAGAAAUGGUAUGAAGUCAUUAAGGAGGACUUGGAAAGAAUCGUUUCAGUCGUCGAUCUUCAAGGCACGGAUGUAUACAACUUUUACCGAGAGGCAGGGGGCUUUGAUGAAUCAGGCUUGGACACAUGCGACUUCAAUCAGGGAGAACAUCCGGAGUAUGGCGAUUUUGAAAGCGAGUUAGGGCCAUCAAAUGCUGCCAUUUAUGCGAUGUGUCAUCUUUCAUUUGCUGCCAUACUAUCAGACUGGUGGCAAAACGCAGAAUUUGAUGUUUCGCGUGUGAACGAAAGAGGCCACAAUCUCCUCACGCUUGCCGCUCGGGCUGGCUGUACUUCAAUUUGCAAAACACUUGUCGAGAAGGGUGCAGAUUUGAACGUGCAGGUUGAUGGUAAAGAUUACGGCAGUCCUCUUGAUGCAGCAGCUCACCGGGGACACACUGAAACUGUGAGAUAUCUAGCAGAAGCAGGUGCAGAUGUGAACAUGACAGUGGAAAGCGGCAAUCAUGGGAACGCUCUCAUCGCAGCGCUUGCCUCUGGGCAUGUCGAUACUGCCAAGUUCCUGAUCCAAAAGGCGGGUGCGGAUGUGAACAAGACCCACACCCUUGAGGAUGAAGAAGAGGACGAAGAUUAUGAUCCGGUCGCGGUUCUGAGUCCAAUUGGGUUAGCAGCCAGAAUUAAGGGCACCGAGCUUCUCAAGAUCCUGGUGGAUGCUGGAGCCAACGUGAAUGUGCCAGAACAAUCUGGAAAUCCCCUUUCUGCAGCCAUCAAAUUCCAGAAUUUUGAGGGUGCCAAGUACCUGAUUCAAAAGGCAAAGGCUGAUGUGAACUUGCCAAUUACGGAGGCUUACUUCUCCACUCUCCUGGAACGGGCAUCAACCGACAGCAGGAAUUUGGAAAUUGUCAAAUGUUUAGUUGAAGCAGGCGCCGAGGUGAAUCCAUCAGAAUGCGGAGAUACUGGUGGCACUCCUCUCGGAGCAGCAGCAUAUGGAACCAACAAGCCAAACAACGCAAGCUCGAUUGAAAUUGUGAAGUACCUUGUCAAUGCCGGGGCAGAUAUUCAUAAAGGGGAUAAGGACGGAAGCCCUGUCCAUCUGGCGGUACUUGCUCAAGAUCUCAAGGUUCUCAAAUACCUGGUUGAUGUAGGCGGGGAGUUAAAUGUGCCAGAGGAAUUCGAGGAAUCAGUCAAAUCCGGAUUCGUCGAGGGUGUCAAGUACCUGAUCCAGAAGGGCGCCGACGUCAACAAGCCAUUUGUCGAUGGAGACUAUGGUACUGUCCUCGAACGUGCAGCAUCAGAGGAUAGAACCCUUGAAAUUACCACCGCACUGGUGGAGGCAGGGGCGGAUGUGAAUUUGCUAUCAGAGAACGGAGUAUAUGGCAGUCCUCUCGCAGCAGCAGUUGCUUCAUACCUAGGUGGUUAUGUCGACACUGUCAAGUACCUGAUCCAAAAGGGUGCUGAUGUCAACCUGUCAUUGCCGCAUGGAAAUUACGGCAAUGCUCUCACAGCAGCGAUGGCAGAUGGUUUCGAUGUCGAGGUCGUCAAAUGCCUCAUCGAGGCAGGAGUAGAUGUGAAUGCGUUGCCACAACAUGGCAACUAUGGCAGUGCUCUUGCAGCAGCCGUGGUAUCCGGGGACGGCAUCGAAGCUGCCAAGGUCCUGGUGCAAGCAGGAGCAAAUAUAAACUUGCCAAUCAAGCAUGGGAAUUGCGGCAGUGCUCUCGCUGUUGCAGCGAAAAAGGGGUCUCUUGAGACUGUUCAGUUCCUGGUCGAAGCAGGGGCUGAUGUCAACAUGCCACUCGAAAAUGGAGAUUAUCGCAAUGCGCUCACAGCCGCGAAGGCGCAAGAGGACAAUGAAGAAGUGACAAAGUUUCUUGAAGAAUGCGGGGCAACAGUUUGA